CUCCGCCUCCUCCGCUCCCUCCAGUCCGUCCCCGCCGACCGCCUCCUCUCCCACCCGCUCCCCUCCACCGCCCACGCCUGCCUCGCCGCCCACCUCCUCGCCCGCGACCGCCUCUACGCCCACUCCCGCCGCGUCCUCUCCCGCCUCGUCGCCCUCCGCCGGCCCCACCUCGCCGCCUCCCUCGUCGACCUCCUCCACCGCGCCGCGCUCGCGCUGGGCCCCCGCCGCAGCGCGCUCGCCUCCGUGGUCGACACGCUCCUCUCCGUCCUCGCCGACAGGGGGCUCCUCGACGACGCCGUCCGCGCCGUCGCCCGCGUCCGGGAGCUCCGGGUGCCGCCCAACACCCGCACCUGCAACCACAUCCUCCUCCGCCUCGCCCGCGACCGCAGCGGCCGCCUCGUCCGGCGGCUCUUCGAGCAGCUGCCCGCGCCCAACGUGUUCACGUUCAACAUCGUGAUCGAUUUCCUCUGCAAGGAAGGGGAGCUCGCGGAGGCGAGGUCGCUGUUCUCGAGGAUGAAGGAGAUGGGCUGCUUGCCAGAUGUUGUAACAUUCAAUUCUUUGAUUGAUGGGUAUGGGAAAUGCGGGGAGCUGGAUGAGGUGGAGCAGCUGGUGGAAGAGAUGAGGAGGUCGGGGUGUAAAGCCGAUGUUGUGACAUACAACGCGUUGAUCAAUUGCUUUUGCAAAUUCGGGAGGAUGGAGACGGCGUACGGUUACUUUGCUGCGAUGAAGAGGGAGGGGGUGAUGGCAAAUGUAGUGACUUUUAGCACCUUUGUCGAUGCGUUCUGCAAGGAGGGUUUGGUGCGAGAGGCGAUGAAGCUGUUUGCGCAGAUGAGGGUGAGGGGUAUGGCGCUUAAUGAGUUCACGUAUACGUGUUUGAUUGAUGGGACAUGCAAGGCAGGGAGGCUUGACGAUGCUAUUGUGUUGCUCGAUGAAAUGGUGCGCCAAGGGGUGCCCUUGAAUGUGGUAACAUACACUGUGUUGGUUGAUGGCCUAUGCAAAGAAAGGAAGGUUGCGGAAGCAGAGGAUGUUUUGAGGAUGAUGGAGAAGGCUGGUGUCAGAGCCAACGAAUUGCUUUACACUACACUAAUUCAUGGGCACUUCAUGAAUAAGAACAGUGAGAAAGCACUUGGUUUGCUAAGUGAGAUGAAGAAUAAAGGAUUGGAACUUGAUAUUUCACUCUAUGGUGCCCUCAUUCAGGGGCUUUGUAAUGUGCACAAAUUGGAUGAGGCUAAGAGUUUGUUAACUAAAAUGGACGAGUCUGGUCUGGAACCCAAUUAUAUCAUAUAUACAACUAUGAUGGAUGCUUGUUUUAAAUCUGGAAAGGUGCCAGAAGCCAUUGCCAUGCUGCAGAAGAUUCUAGAUUCUGGGUUCCAGCCUAAUGUAAUAACCUAUUGUGCAUUGAUUGAUGGAUUGUGUAAAGCAGGAUCGAUCGAUGAGGCAAUCUCCCAUUUCAACAAAAUGAGGGACUUAGGACUAGAUCCUAAUGUACAGGCUUACACUGCUUUGGUUGAUGGUUUAUGCAAGAAUGGUUGUUUGAACGAGGCUGUGCAGUUGUUUAAUGAAAUGGUUCACAAAGGUAUGUCUCUGGACAAAGUUGUGUACACAGCUCUUCUCGAUGGGUACCUAAAACAGGGAAACCUCCAUGAUGCCUUUGCCCUCAAGGCUAAGAUGAUUGAUAGCGGUUUGCAGCUUGAUCUCUUUUGCUACACUUGUUUUAUAUCGGGUUUCUGUAAUCUAAACAUGAUGCCAGAAGCUAGAGAAGUUUUUUCAGAGAUGAUUGGACAUGGUAUUGCUCCUGAUAGGGCAGUUUACAACUGUCUGAUAAGCAAAUACCAGAAAUUAGGGAACUUGGAGGAGGCAAUAAGUCUUCAGGAUGAAAUGGAAAGAGUUUUACCCUCUUGUACAGACAGUGAUACCGCAACUGAUGGUAAAACCUGAGCUCAUGUAGUGUUACCAUCUCAGGAGUUGGAACUGUAUAGGCAUCAGUACCACUAUGCUGAAAUUUUUUUGAUGCAGCAUAGAAACAUAUGCCACUGAUUCAGUACACUUCUCCUGAUAUUUUUCAGCUGGCUCAGUCUGCACAACAAAAUGCAUUAGGUGCCAAAUUUUAGGAAGCACACCAAAAUUUCCUGUUAGCCUCAAAACAGACCCAUAGCAAACACAAGUGUGUUUUUAAGGAGUCUGCUUCGCUACUAGUUAAGGAUACAAAGGAGGAACUUGAACUGGAAAAAUCUUUCAAGAUAUUACCUAUAUUAUUUCAACUGGUGUUGAUGCCAGUAACAGAUCAAUAAUGUGUGAACCGUCAAGCCAGCAUGAAGGUUUAUCAUGGCACCAUUUUGCCCAAGCCACAAGUGCCAGAAGAUUUAUGAUGAGUUCUCUCGUGUCUAAAAAUGACAAGAUAUCUUUCCUUAUGUUGCUACUACAUUAGUCUCAUAAACCUAACAAGGUUGUGAGAUGUAUUACUCCUGAAGAAAUUUAUUGAUGCAGCGUCAGAAACAGCAUACAGUUGAAAGUGACAUUUUGUUUUCUUAUAGUCUGAUCUUCAAUAACUGCAGAAUAAUAUGAGAUCGCAGAUGAAUCUGAUCUUUGAUGUCUUAUCUUAACCACAGUAGCCAAAAGAUAUUCUCUUCUUCAGGAACCUGUUAUUUUGGCAUUCUGAGGUGAUAAGGGGUGAUAAGAGUUUCCCUACUAGCAAUGCUGCUGGUUUGGUGGUAAUAUCUACACGAGAAGACUGAUUAUGAAGUGAGACAGGUUGAUUUGCAUGCAGUUGUUUCUGGUGUUAACGCACAUAACUGAUGGCUGCAAAGUUUUACCAUCUGUUAUUCAAGUGACAUUUAUGGAAGUAUUGCGAGCCACAGUGACUCCGUGAUCAAAAAGGUGGGGUUGAGUACCAUGGUUUGCAAUUACGGACCUGUUAGAAACUAAGAAAAUUGUAAUUAUAAGUAGACACAAAUGACGUGCUUCAACUUUUGAUAUUGGUUACAAAUGUGACCUGCUCAAAUUUGGGGAACCAUUCCAUCCUCCCAAUCAUCAGGGUUUUAUGCUGAAAGAACUGAAGAGGUGGUAUUUCCAGUGUGGGGGAGGAACAGUUUUGCUAGUAGUGCUUUAAGAAACUGGGGAUGAUACUGUAGUAUGGCCGUGCAUUUUCUGGAAGUUCAUCAAUAUUUUGAAGAGGUGAUAUAUUGGAGCACUGCAGUCCGAGAAAUGAUUUUUACGGCCUCGGUCUUUUCUCAGGCUUUCAGCCUCCCAGGCAAUUGAAUUUAUUGAACCAUUAGUCAUAAACUAAUACUAACACACAUAGCACAUUCUUAAGAAAUAGAUAGACCUUGGUGUUCGCAUAGACUAUUGUAUUGCACAGUUUUGUUUCCUUAAUUAUUGAUUCAUUUUCCCUAAUAAGUGAAAACCGUAUUCUUUUUCACCAAUACAAUGAUGCUAAUUCUUUUUUUUCCCCUGUGUAACAUGGAUUGCUGAUCCUCCCCAAUACAAUGAUGCUAAUUCUUAUUUC